AUGAUUUUUAUGAAAAAUAAGCUGGAAAACAAUUUUUUAAGUAUAGAAAAAAAGCUUGGGGAGCAUGAAAUAGCUAUCACUCUAAAUAAUUUUCAGAUGAGAAACUCUCAAAACCCUUUUUCUAAUAAAAUAAUACAUGAGAAUAAAGGGGAGUUUGAUUAUUUAUUGCAAGGAAUAGAAGAUAAAAUUGAAACCCAGCAAUUAUCGAUUAAUUCCCAACUUCAAAAUAUUAGAGAAGAAAUAAGCAGCGUCUUUGCAAGUCUUGACGAGUGAAAGCGAGCUCAAACCUUAUUCAAGCAAAGCGUUGAAUUUAGACUAUUAAUUUGCCAAGAAUUAUGAGAUAAAAGAGCCACGAUUUUAAAUGGACCAAAUGAUCAGCAAAGGAGCAAGAUUUCAGAAGCACGUGAUCACUAUAUGAAAAUAACUGAAGAGACCAACGCAAUUUUAAUCCAUUGCUUAAUCAAGCUUACAAAGACUAUAUUGACGCUUAUAAUCAAUCUACCUCUCUUUAUCUCACUGAAAACAUUAAUAAAAAAACUAAUUUGUUUAUUUAUGACACUGAAAGAGAAGCACAAAAUGUGGAAAUUUUGGAGACUCCAGAGCCAUUAG